GAAAACCGAACAGGGCAGCACGAAAUCUGUUUGUACUUGAACAGAAGGCCUGUGACAGACUAGUGCUGUUUCCAGUACUAGCCAUGACCACCUUUGAACUGGACCCGUUAUUUGUUAAAGCAUUAAAACUGCUUCACUCAAAGAGUAAAGACUCAGCUGAUCAGCUGAAACAGUUACUAGAUGAUGUAAUAGCCCAGAGGAAAGGGCAGACUUCUAAGAAAGAUGGCAAAGAUGGUGAUAAGCCCAAUUCAUCGUCUUCUCGCCACAGCAACAAAAUAGAGGAAGAAAAGAAAAGGGAAGCAGAGAAAAGAACCUUUGAAAAAGUAAAGCAGGACUUAUCAGAUCUUACCUCUCAAGGUGGGAAGAAACCAAGGCUGGAUGGAGGCAAAGACGGGAAAGAGGAGAAGUCAAAAUCAAGAGAGAAGGAGAAGAGCAGGGAGAAAGAGAGAGAGAAAGAGAAGGAAAGAGAAAAGGAAAGACGUGAGAAGGAAAGAGACGCUAAGGAAAAGGAGAAGAAAGAAAGAGAACUGGACAAAAAGGAACAAGAGAAGAAAGCCAAAGCUGAGGUGACAGUAAUCAGCUCUGACUCAGAGGACAAUAAAAGUCUGGAUGCUGAUGACUUUGCCUUUGAUUUAGGGAUAGCAUGCAUUGUGUGCAGAUCCUUUGAUUUGACAUCUGGAAAUCAGCUGGUGGAAUGUCAGGAGUGUCACAGUCUUUAUCAUCAGGACUGCCACCGCCCCCCGGUCACUGAGCAAGACGUCACUGACCCCCGUUUUGUCUGGUAUUGUUCCAGGUGUGCCAAGACAUUCAAGAAAAUGGUGGCUGUCAAGUCCUCCAAGCAGAAGUCUGCAUUAUCUAGUGGACCCAAAGAUCCUGGCAGUGGCAGUAAAUCAGUGAAAAGUGAACAAACAGGACUUUUCCCAUUCCGAAGAACAGAGCCUUUAAAGCCCUCAUCGUCCAGGGAUACCGCAGCAUCCGCUGCCAAGCCAUUGAGCGGCCUAGCCAGUUUAGCUGCCAAUCUUUCUGGAAAGGCCUCCUCCGACAGUACCAAGGCCAAGGCGGAUAGCUCCAGACAGAGCUCUGUCAAGCCAGACCCAGUCAAGUCCACCAGCUCAAAGAUAGAACAGCACAGAUUGUCCACUAGCUCAGCUCCAAAACUUGACCAGUCAGAACGCAGUUCCAGCUCAGGUCAUGGGUCCAAACAGAGUGGAAAGUCUUCGGGAGGGCCACACAAGUCAUCGAGCUCUGGAGGUGCCGUGUCUGUGAUGAAUGCUGAUAAACGUCUACAGAUGAUGAAGAAGAAGGCUGCUGCCAAGCAAAUGAAAAGUAGCAAAUGAUCCCGUUUUGCAGAACAAAAAAAAUUCCCGAACCAGACUUGUGGGUUUCAUUUGAAAAUUUGUAAUUGUACACAAUUCUAAAGCACAGGGAUGAAAUUUUUAACAGGUUUUGUUAUUUGCACUAGCAGGAUUCAUCCAACACUAAAUUUAAAAUCAAUAUAUUGUUAUUUUCAGUAAAAUUACAGCUUGUGACAUGUUUAUGCAUAUUUCUUCUACAACAGCAAAAUUUAGUAAUGGAGUUCCAGUAAAAUUUUCUCCUCACCCUAUUGGAUUUUAGUGUCUAUUUUACUAAAUGUACGCUCUCUGGGAGGAAGAAAAUAUAUUUCUAUGAAUUACAUCAUAGAAUGCAUAGAAGUUUUGAAUAGGUGGCUCAUUAUUUUGAGAUAUACACAUGGCCUUGUGGCCAUCAUUGCCCUCAGUUUCAUUAUUAAACCUAACACAUGGAGGCUGUGUCCUUAAUGAAGAUACGUCUUCUUCACAAAUUGGGCAAGUGGACAUCGGUUAAUAGGCCUAUAUAGCAUUUUCUUAAAAAUGUAAUCUGUUGUCAGUGUUGCUUUUUGUCUUCUCUCUUCAUUUUGUGUACAUGCAUGAUAGGAAGAGCAUGUGCUGACAUGCAGAAAUAUUGAUUGAUACAAAAAAAAUUGACAAAUUGAUGGGCUGACCUGGUGUUUAGUUGUUCCAGAAUUCCAGAAUAUUUCACUUUGUAUGCAUGUAUCGCAACAG